AGUCGUUUACCGUUGCUUCAGUACAGCCAGAGAGAAACACACGGAAGAUACAAACAACACACUGGUUAGCAUUAGCUUUUCUUUUGUGAGGCGGUUGUCUGAAGACGAGUUUGGUGUUUUAGGUAAAUAUUUGCGGGUCUGCAGUGAAAAUGUCUUCAUUCCAGCCUCAGGGAGAGUUUAAAAACGUGCAGGUAACUCCUGCUGAAGAAACAUUCACUGAGUUGAAAGAAAUAAACGUCAAGAUCGAGGAAGAGAUGGAGGAUCAGACAGAAAUUAACGUCAAGUCCGAGGAAGAGAUGGACGAUCAACGCAGACUGCUGGACUUUGCCCGGAUGCCGAAGAUAAACUUACACCGAAUAUCUCUCAGUGAGCUCAGCAACCAGGAGGAAAGCUACACUUUAAAUCUAGAGGAACCAGAACCUCUGCAGACUAAACAGGAACCAGAGGAACCAGAACCUCUGCAGAUAAAACAGGAACCAGAGGAACCAGAACCUCUGCAGAUAAAACAGGAACAAGAGGAACCAGAAACUCCAGAUUUCAAAGAGAAAGAGAAGCUACUCUGUGUCAGCCAGAAUGAAGAGCAGCUUGUGCUGCAUCAAGAGACUGAUGACAUGUUGGUGAACAAACAGGAGAAAGACAAAACUGACAGUUCAGAACAAGAAACACACAAGAAAGGUCACCCAAAACAAAAACUAUAUUCUUGUAAAAUUUGUGACAAAACCUUUUAUCAAAAUAAUUCCUUGGCAACGCACAUGACAACUCACACGGCUAAUAAACCGUUCACAUGUUCAACCUGUGGAAAAAGAUACCGUUACAAGAGUCGUUUAAUUGACCACAUGAGAAUUCAUACAGGUGAAAAACCGUUCACAUGUGCUGAUUGUGGAAAGAGUUUCCAUCAAAAUGGCUCUUUAAGCAGACACAUAAAAAUUCACUCAGGUGAGAAGCCUUUCACAUGCACAACCUGUGGAAAAAGUUUUGCGUGUAAAUCUCAAUUACUUGAUCACGUGACGAUUCAUACAGGUGAGAAACCGUUCUCAUGUGGGACCUGUGGAAAAAGUUUCCGGAGGAAACCUGACUUGGUUAGUCACAUCAGAGUUCACACAGGUGAGAAACGUUUCUCAUGUGGAGCCUGUGGAAAACAUUUCACUCAUAAAAACAGUUUAACCGCUCACAUGAGAUUUCACACAGGUGAGAAGAUUCUAUCUUGUGGCACCUGUGGAAGAAAUUGCUUGAAUAAAUCUGACUUAGUUUAUCACAUGAGAACUCACACAGGUGAGAAACCUUUCUCAUGUGGGACCUGUGGAAAAAGUUUUGCUGGAAGACACCGUUUAACUUCUCACAUGAAGUCUCAUACAAACAAAAAUUCUUUCCCAUGCGGGACAUGUGGAAGAAGUUUCACUCGUAAAAUAAUUUUAACUGCUCACAUGAGAACUCACAUGGGUGAUAAGCCUUUCUCUUGUGGGACAUGUGGAAGACAUUUCUCUCGUAACAUACAUUUAACUGCUCACACGAGAACUCACACAGGCGAGAAGCCUUUUCCAUGUGGGAUUUGUGGAAAGUCCUUUACAUGUAGAUCUGGUUUACGUCAGCACAUGACAACUCACACAAGUGAGAAGCCUUUCUCAUGUGGGAUCUGCGAAAAAAGUUUUGCUCAAAAAUACUAUUUGGCUUCUCACAUGAGAACCCACACAUGUGAGAAGUCUUUCUCAUGUGGGACCUGUAGAAGAAGUUUCUCUCAUAAAAAAAAUUUGACUGCUCACAUGAAAAUUCACAGAGGUGUGUGGUAGGGGUUCACUGGUUUAUCAAUGUCACUUUGCUUAAUUUUUGGAGAUCUGUGAUCAGCCGAUACCUGUGAAUCUGAUCUUUCCCCCUGAUUUUAUCUACCUUAGCAAAGGUCUAAAAAUCGGCCACUGUCCUCUGAGAGGUUGAGAGGUUUGACUGUUCGACCAGCCCACCAGGUCAUGUCUGCACAUUUGUAGUUAACAAUAGUCACUCCACUGCACAGCAGCUUUCUUACUAUAUUUAGUGACAUUUCAGACAAAAAAAAUUAGCGUUGCCCAAAAGUCGAAAUGGCAUAUCAGGCUUUUUUAAAGACUGGUCAUCAACGAUCGGGCAGAAAACUGCAGUUGGUGCACCCCUCAAAAGAAAUUUUACCGUUCAUAUGAGAACUCACACAGGUUUGACGGCAUAAUGUGAACCUCAAGUGCCAAAAUUCUUAGUAAUUUGCUUUUUGGAAACUGUAAUUAAAUGCAUUUCAAAUUGGAGAUUUAGCUAAAAUACUUCAACAUUCACUUUAUUCUGGCAGUUUUAUGUUAACAUUAUUUGUUUUUUAAAGAGAAUAUGGGAGAUAAUUCAUAACUUCUUAAGGUUUUGAAUGCUUUCAGGUUUAGACUUGUAAAGUUCUGGAGUCUUUAUUGUGUGUUUGUCAUUUGUACUUAUUUGGUUUAUUUCAGUGAUUGGAUGAAAUAUGUUAGCUGUUACUGCAUGUGCUUGUAGGGUCACAAAUUAAUGGCCCUUUGUGAGUUAUGUUUUAUAAACUUUAAAUAUCAUCCACCAUUUUUUUUCUCAGGAAGAAAUUGUUAAAUAAUGUUGAAAUCUGAGAUGUUUUCCCUUUUUGUUUAAUUAUCUUAAUUGGCUUUAUUCUUGCUAGUUACUGUAAGCUGUAAUUUUUAUCCCAGUCUUGUUUUGUCAGGUUUUUCUUUACAUGGAUUUUA